CUCCGUCUCUCCGUCCCAGCCGCCGGAACCGUAGGAAAGGUCGCCCUCAUCUCCAGAACCUGGCCUGCGCGCGUUCGACCGCCCUCACCUCAGGACAGCGACGCAGGCGGGCUGCUUCAGCUGGGCCGGCGAGGCUGCGGCCCUUCCCCAGGUCCCGCUUUCACAGCACUUUCGCCGGAUGUAGCCGAGCCCAGCCUCCAUCUUGUCCGCGAAAGCGAAAAGUUGCCGGUGGGGAGCGCCUCCGACAUCGCUCUGGGCGCUGGGGCGGUCGGAAAUAUAGUUCGGUGAUGAGGCUACAACGCGCGGAGUCCAAGUAGGGCAGCCACAGGCUGUCGGCACCUAAUUUUUUGUGUGUUCACAUCUUUCCCACCCCCUCCUUUCUGUCAGCCUUUCCAUCACCUUCCCUACCUCUUUCCCUUCCUGGCUGUCACACUGUUAUCUCUUUUUCCAUGUCUGUCCCCCAUCCUGGAAGCUGAUUCCCCUCAGGCUGUCAACACAUAAUUUUCAAAAAAGGUAGAAAAAAGCGCGCUCUCCCUCUCAGGAGCAGCCCCGUGCCUUUCCCUCCAGCCCUCCGCCCAGGCACCUUCUCUUUGCCUUUCUCGUAACCUCCAAGGACUCUUCUUUUGCCUCUGUAACAGUUUCCUGAGCCUAAGAAGCCCAGCUGGCUCACUUCUACCUCUGUGCCUUUCUAAAUAACACUUUCUGAUUUAAAAAAAUUAAUAAAUGUAAAAACAGCCCUGGCUGAUGUAGCUCAGUAAAUGGAGCUGGAGCCUACGAACCAAAAGGUCAUUGAUUUGAUUCCCAGUCAGGGCAUGUGCCUGGGUUGCAAGCCAGGUCUCCAGUGCAGGGUGCAUGAGAGGCACCACGCAUUGAUGUUUCUCUCCCUCUCUUUCUCUCUCCUUUUUCUUCUAAAAAUAAAUAAAAUCUUUAAAAAAAAUAGAAAGUGAGGUCAUCCAUUAUAAAAGACUAGAAAGAUUUUUUUUGGAAAAAAAAAAAAAGGAAGGGAAAAACAAACUCUAACUUUGAUUUCUUCACCCAGGGAGCUAGGAGGAUGACAGGUGAUUCCAGGAAGAUGAGAGAGAAGGAACAAUGGAGUUGAAAAACAGAACACUAAAUAAAAACCCAAAGUCGGACUAGUGCCCUAGAGCACAGGGGUGGGACAGAGGUGUCGUACAGUCAGUCCUGUGACACUUAGGGUCCUAGAGUGUGACACAACUCUAGCUCUGGGGAUACUUUCUUUUAUAAGGGACAGUGAGCAUUUGCAACCUAUCAACCUUUACAACUUAGCAUCUAAAUUCACAGUAUCUGGUCCCUGAUCAAAGUAGUUAAAAACAGUUGCUUGGCUUAGGGAGUUGGGGCUCCUAGUCAUCUUUUUGCCUCAAUGUCAGGUUUUGGGUAAGUUUUCAUAACAAGUCUCCCACUAACUCUUUCUGGUUCUCUUCUUGCUGUCACUUUUUCUUAGUCUUUGAAAACUCUCAAUCCAUCUUAUUCUAUCUCUGAUUUUUGUCUCUCUGUUCCUUCUUGCCUGUGUAUUCCUGUGGCCUUGUCAGUCCCUUGAGUCUCAAUGUCUACACUUCUGGUCCCUGUGAGUCUAUUCUCUCCCUCUUUCCUGUCACCUCCAUCCCUUCCUGAUCUCCGUCCCUGUUGCUAACUAUUCUGGUACCCCUGUCAACCCCGGUAUCACUCCCUGACUCGCUGGAUUGUUAUCACAUUCUGUAGCUCAGAGAGAGUAGAGAUUCCUCUCUCUUUUUUCUUUCCGUGUGUUCACAUACUGGAGUCUCCUCGCCUGUAUCAGUCACUCCCUUCUCCCCUCUACCCCGCACCUCUUUAUCCCAGUCUCCGCCCCACGCUUUCACCCCACUUCCCGCGCUUUUCCGACGCCCACCACGCCCCUGGGUUGCCUAGGAGACCAACGAGCGGGUCCCACAUGUUACUGUGGACAGGCACCAGCCCACCUACCGCUAGCCAAAGCAAACGGUGCAUAAACACGCACGGAGCGCCCGGCUAACUACAUCUCCCAGAAAGCACCGGGUCGAUCUACUUUCAGCAUUCCGUUCCGGGAGAGAGUGGCACCUCCCCCAAUCUCAGCGGGCGGUUUCCAUGGAGACCCGGGAUGACCGAGGGCGGUGAUUGGUGCAGAACCGUGCUAAUCCCCUGGAAAGACCUUGAGAGAGUUGAGGGAGAGAUGAUGGGAGGCGUGCGCGGUCCGAUAGGCAGCGUUGCUGUCUGUUGCCUUUGGGAAGCUUGCGGGCAGACACCGGCCUCAGCCCAGACUGUCUUUCUGAUGAGGCCCACAGCACUGGGCUCCCCAGGGCACGAAGCCCCAGAAGACAAGAGACCCAUCAUGGUGAAGCUGGAGGACUCUGAGGAGGAAAAGAAGGAGACCACCCCAUGGGAUCCUGGCCCAGAGGCUGCACGUCAGUGUUUCUGGCACUUCCGCUACGAGGAGGCAGCAGGGCCCCGAGAGGCCUUGGCCCUGCUCCGGAAGCUAUGCCGCCAGUGGCUGCAGCCCGAGGUACACUCCAAGGAGCAGAUGCUGGAACUACUGGUGCUGGAGCAGUUUCUGGGUGCACUGCCCACUGAGAUCCAGGCCCAAGUGCGGGAACAGCAGCCAGGCAGCACUGAGGAGGCUGUGGCCCUUGUUGAGGAGCUGCGUCGGAAGCCAGGAGGACCCCGGAGAUGGGUCACAGUCCAGGUGCAGGGCCAGGAGGUGCUAUCAGAGAAGAUGGAGCUGUCGGACUUCCAGCCACUCCCUCAAACCAAGCCUGGGAUUACAGAACCUGGGCCUGAUACAACCCCUGGAGCCACACAGAGGUCGCCACUGAGCCUUCACGUGAAAGAGGAGCCCGGGGUCACAGAGGACCCAGGUGAGGGCAGGCAAGAAUUUCUGGAUUCUGGGCCUCUAGCCAACCUCCGGGAGGCCGAUUCUACCCUCCUGCUUGAGGAGACCCAGGGCUGUGGGAUGGUGCUGGACCAGGCCUCUCUCCACAGCAAGACUGGGCCUAAUGGGCGCUCAUGGAUGGAACUCCCUGGGGCCCUAUGGCAAGAAAAACCUGGGAGCAUCUUCUCCCCAGGGUUUGCGCUCCAGAUGGACAGUGUCUCUGCUGGCCCAGGCACUGUGAGCCCCCACCUCCACUGGGACCUCAGUGUCGCUGGCCUCACAGGCCAACUCCAGUCACCCUCCAGAGAAGGUGGCUUCUCACAUGCGCUGGUGCUCCCCAGCGACCCAGGAGGUGAGCAGGACCCCACGGACAAGGAUCCCUGCCAGGGUGUGGGGCGAAUGACCACUGUCUGCUGGCCAGCCCCCGGGGGUCGGAGCCGAGGUCGUCCCAGCACAGGUGCUGGGGCAGUACGAGGUGGCCGUUGCGACGUGUGUGGGAAGGUGUUCAGCCAACGCAGCAACUUGCUGCGGCACCAGAAGAUACACACGGGAGAGCGGCCAUUUGUGUGCGGUGAGUGCGGCCGUGGCUUCAGCCGCAGCUCACACCUGCUGCGCCAUCAGCUCACGCACACGGAGGAACGCUCAUUUGUCUGCAGCGACUGCGGUCAGGGAUUUGUGCGCAGCGCACGACUGGAGGAGCACCGGCGUGUGCACACGGGCGAGCAGCCCUUCCAUUGCACCGACUGUGGCCAAAGUUUCCGGCAGCGCUCCAACCUGCUGCAGCACCGGCACAUCCACGGUGAUCCUCCAGGUACUGGCACUGGGCCCCCCACGCCUCCCAGUGCACCGGAGCCCCCAGGUCCCUUCCCGUGCAGCGAGUGCUGCGAGAGCUUCGCGCGGCGCGCAGUGCUGGUGGAGCACCAGGCUGUGCACACGGGCGACAAAUCCUUCAGCUGCAUCGAGUGCGGGGAGCGCUUCGGCCGCCGUUCAGUGCUGCUGCAGCACCGGCGAGUGCACAGUGGUGAGCGGCCCUUCGCCUGUGCCGAAUGCGGCCAGAGCUUCCGGCAGCGCUCCAACCUAACGCAGCACCGUCGCAUCCACACCGGUGAGCGGCCCUUCGCCUGCACCGAGUGCGGCAAGGCCUUUCGCCAGCGGCCCACGCUCACACAGCACCUGAGGGUGCACACAGGCGAGAAGCCUUUCUCCUGCCCCGAGUGCGGCCAGUGCUUCAGCCAGCGUCUCAAGCUCACACGCCACCAGCGGACACACACUGGCGAGAAGCCCUACCACUGUGGUGAAUGCGGCCUGGGCUUCACACAGGUUUCGCGGCUCACGGAGCACCAGCGCAUCCACACGGGAGAGCGCCCCUUUGCCUGCCCUGAGUGCGGCCGGUGCUUCCGACAGCAUGCCAACCUCACACAGCACCGGCGCAUCCACACAGGAGAGCGGCCCUACGCCUGCCCGGAGUGUGGCAAGGCCUUCCGCCAGCGGCCCACGCUCACGCAGCACCUGCGUACCCACCGGCAUGAAAAGCCCUUCUCCUGCCAGGACUGUGGCCGGCGCUUCCACCAGAGCACCAAGCUCAUCCGGCAUCAGCGUGUCCACAGUACAGAGUAACCAGUGCCCACUGACCUCCUCUGUGCCCACCUCAGUUCUCUGUGUGUAGGGGGACACAGGGGGACAGAACACCUAGUUCGCAGGGUUGUUGUGAGGCCUGCCAUCACAUAGGUAUACGCAGGCUGGUCCAGAGUCUGAUGCCCCAGUAGGUACUCAAUAAACAGUAGAAGGAACCUGGCUCUGGAUCUCCAGACACUCAAUGCCACCCUACCUGCACAGGUCUCUCUCUAACAAUCCCACCUAUCCAUCACUUCCACUGCAACCUCAUGGUUCCUGAGAGCCUGACCCCCUGCAGAAGUGGCUCCUAGCAGCAACUGCACGAGGGUUCCCCAUUUACUAUGAUUCCAGUACUGUUAGGAUGACUUCAAGGCACACAUCCAUGAGUCAAACGAACUGGCAGGGGAGGACCUGGACUGGCUCAGUUCUCUCCAGCCAGCCAAGAUCACUGGAUGCAAUAAA